AUGACGACACCACAAGCACCCCAGUCGCCGCCUGCUGCGCUGCAAGACGACGACCUUCUCGAUGAUGAUCUUCUCGAGGCCGAACUUGCAAAAGAUGCGGAAGCAAUAUCGGAGAACGCGACAUUGAAAUACUCUCUGUUGGGACCAUCUUUGACGAAGGCUGGUCAGGACUCCGUGGACCAAUCCAAGGUAUCCGAGAUCAUCUACAAUGCAUCCAAAGGAUCGAAAUUUUUCAACCGAGAAGAAGAACGAGACAAAAUCCUCACAAAAAAAAUCGCACAGAUCUUGGACAAGAAGCGCCAACUCGAAAAGCUGGACCUCAGCCGGGAGCUCCGGCUCGCCGACCAACUCAUCACCCAACUCGAACUCUCCCGAGACCUAAGUCAGUACAUUGUACACGUUGACUGCGAUGCCUUCUACGCUGCAGUCGAGCUGCUUGACCGACCCGAACUCAAAGAUUUGCCUUUUGCCGUCGGUGGCGGCGUCUUGACCACUUGCAAUUACGUCGCGCGGAAAUAUGGCUGCCGCAGCGGCAUGGCCGGCUUUGUAGCGAAGAAGUUGUGUCCAGAACUAAUUCUCCUCAAGCUCAACUUUGAGAAGUACAAUGCCAAGGCACACGAAGUACGGGAGGUCUUGGUGGAGUACGACCCUAGGUUCGAGAGUGCAAGCAUCGACGAGGCAUACCUGAACAUCACCGAAUACUGCGCGGAGAAAGACAUCAGCCCUGCCGAUGCGGUUGAGCAGAUGCGACGGGAGGUCCACGAACGCACAAAGAUUACGGUAUCCGCUGGUAUUGCAGCCAACGCAAAGCUCGCCAAGAUCUGCUCCAACAUGAACAAGCCUAAUGGGCAGUUCGUGUUGCCCAACGACCGAACCGAGAUCAUGAACUUCAUGGCGAAACUGCCACCGAGGAAGGUGAACGGCGUUGGCCGGGUGCUAGAACGCCAGCUGGCGGAGAUUGGCAUCAAGACGUGUGCGGAUAUCUACCCUUAUCGACAGUUUCUCAGGCAACUCUUCGGCGAGAAGGCGUACGAGUUCUUAAUCAACGUCUACCUCGGACUCGGGCGCACACGGAUACAGCCCGCAGAAGACUACGAGAGAAAGAGUGUAGGCACCGAGAGCACAUUCCGGGAUAUGUCGGACCCCCAGCAACUAAGAGAGAAGCUGAGAUGGACGGCGGAUGAAUUGGAGAAGGACAUGAAGCGAGCGGAAUGCAAAGGCCGGACGCUGGUGUUGAAAGUCAAGCUUCACACGUACGAGGUCUUUACUCGUCAGGUCGUACUGCCACGAGCCAUUUGUCUUGCCGACGACCUUUACCACUUUGCUCUUCCAAUUCUUGGCAAAUUGGAAGAGGAAAUGCCCGAUAUGAAGCUGCGACUCAUGGGAUUGCGGUGCACGCACCUUGUCAGCACGAAGAAACCAGACACAAUGGCAUUCUUCGGUUUUCGAUCACGGAAAUCCGACUCGGCAGCAUCGCCCGAGAAGAAGAGCGCUAUUGGAACGCCAGGUACAGGCGUCAAACUUGACGAGGAUGGCUGGGAGAUGUGGCCAGAGGAGGAACUAUUGCGUCUCGACGACGAUCUUGUCCUACAAGGAGAAGGCCAUGAGGAGGCCGACACACGAGCAACGGACAACGAGUCAAGCCCUAUGCGGAGACAUGGGAAAGAGAUCGCGCCGAAUCCUGUCAAAGAGAUUGCGCCGGUCGAAGACGAGAUGUGGGACUGUCCUAUCUGUAACCGUCCGCAGGCGCCGGACGAGAGGCAGUUCAACGAGCACAUCGACUUGUGCCUUUCGAGGCAGACGAUUCUCGAGGCCGUGCACGAAGAUGCUCCUCCUCCCCAAGCUUCGAGAUCAACAACCCCGGACUUGAGCAAGGCUAAGCCGAACGGUGAGAAGAAGAAGCGUGGCAGGCCGCCCGGAAGACCGUCAACCAACGAUCCCCGGCAGAAGAAACUCUGUUUUGGAUGA